GAAAAUCCUAUUGGCAUCGAGGAGGCAGGAAGCCCGCCCCUGGGCGCGGCCUGCAGGGGGCAGGCUGUCGCUCGGAAAAGCGGGGGGCAGUACGAGGCCUGACCAGGUGCGCCCGGCAGCAGCCCGCAAGUCGCAGGGACCGCUCGUCUCACCUCCGCCCGGUGCGCUCUCCUCGGUUCGCGAACCCCGCGCUGCGCUCCGCCGCUGACAUGUGUGCCGCCCCGAUGCCGUCCCUGGCGCACAUCUUCCGAGGGACAUUCAUCCACUCCACCUGGACUAGCCCCAUGGAGGUGCUGCGGGAUCACCUCCUCGGCGUGAGCGACAGCGGCAAAAUAGUGUUUUUAGAAGAAGCAUCCCAACAGGAAAAGCUGGCCAAGGAAUGGUGCUUCAAGCCGUGUGAAAUAAGAGAACUAAGCAACCAUGAGUUCUUCAUGCCUGGGCUGGUCGAUACACACAUCCACGCCCCUCAGUAUUCUUUUGCUGGGAGUAAUGUGGACCUGCCGCUUUUGGACUGGCUGACCAUGUACACAUUUCCUACAGAACUCAAAUUCCAGAACAUCGACUUUGCUGAAGAAGUUUAUACCAGAGUUGUCAGGAGAACACUAAAGAAUGGAACAACCACGGCUUGUUACUUUGGAACAAUUCACACUGAGUCAUCUCUGCUCCUUGCAGAAAUUACAGAUAAAUUUGGGCAGCGGGCAUUUGUGGGCAAAGUCUGCAUGGAUAUGAAUGCCACUGUUCCAGAAUACAAGGAAACCACUGAGGAAUCGGUCAAAGAAACAGAGAGGUUUGUGUCAAGAAUGCUCCAAAAGAACUAUUCUAGAGUGAAGCCCAUAGUGACACCACGUUUUUCCCUUUCCUGCUCUGAAACUUUGUUGGGUAAACUGGGAAACAUGGCGAAGACCCAUAAUUUGCAUAUCCAGAGCCAUGUAAGUGAAACUGUCCAUGAAGUUGAAGCCGUGAGGAACUUAUUUCCUGAUUAUAAAAACUACACAGAUGUGUAUGAUAGAAACAAUCUUCUGACAAAUAAGACAGUGAUGGCGCAUGGCUGCUACCUUUCUGCAGAGGAACUCCAGGUGUUCAAGGAGCGGGGAGCAGCGAUCUCGCAUUGCCCCAAUUCUAACUUAUCGCUCAGCAGCGGCUUUCUCAAUGUGCUAGAAGUCCUGAAACAUGACGUGAAGAUAGGGCUGGGUACAGAUGUGGCUGGUGGUUACUCGGCUUCCAUGCUUGAUGCCAUCAGAAGAGCAGUGAUGGUUUCCAACAUCCUUUUAAUUAAUAAGAUCAACGAGAAAAGCCUCACCCUCAAAGAGGUCUUCAGACUAGCUACUCUUGGAGGCAGCCAAGCCCUGGGGCUGGAUAAAGAGAUUGGAAACUUUGAAGUGGGCAAGGAAUUCGAUGCCCUCCUCAUCAACCCCAAAGCUUCCGACUCUCCCAUUGACUUGUUUUCUGGGGAUUUGGUUGGUGACACGUCUGACGCUGUAAUCCAGAAGUUCCUCUACCUAGGAGAUGACCGAAAUAUUGAGGAGGUUUAUGUGGGUGGAAAGCAGGUCGUCCCCUUCUCAAGCUCGGUGUAAGACCCUUGGCCUCUACAGUUCUCCUGGGAUCAUGUGGUUCUGCGUCUCCCUUGUGCCCAGGCUCAGUUAGAAAGUUAAAAAAUAGUAUCUUGUUCUUGGGAUGACUAUCUCUUUCUGUGUCUAGUUACAGUAUUCACUUGACAAAUCGUUUGAAGGAAGUCGUGAUCAUUCCCAGAUCUCUGGUUGGGAGGUCUCAAAAUUUCUCCCUUUUGAGCUGUUUGGAUUUACUUUAAGCUCAAACAUAAGGGAAUGUUAUUCCGGGUGGUGUUCUUAUAAGAUUUAAGUCAAACUGAUUUCAUAUUUGGAAAUGUGGAAAGAAAAGAUAUUCCUAGAUGGCUAGAUAUUUUGAGCUAAUAAAUGUGAAAAUCAGAAGAUGGAAAACAAGCCAGUUAAUAUAUUUUUAUGAGGGAGAAAAAAUUAGACUAUGAACACGCAUUGGAAAAUCACUUCAGAUUAUGUUUGAAAAUUAUGUACUGAGAAUAUUAAUUUCAGAAGAGAACUUGCUGAAUUUUAAAACGUGUUUCUAGAUUGACCUUGUGUUCUGGAAAUUUGCACUUAAUGGAAUUUGCAUUUCAGAAACAUGUUAUUGUUGUGCUUUGCCUUCUUUGGGGAUGAAAUGUCAGAAAUUGAAUGCCACAUGCUUUCUUAAUAUAGUUCUGUGCUUCAAAGUGUUUGACAGAGGUUGGGUGUUAAAGAUUUAAAGUCUCUUAAGAAUAUUAUUCAUGGCACAAAUAGUGGUAUUUUUGUGUACUUCAAAAUCACCUUAAUGUAUAACUAUGUGAUGCUAUUAUUGCUUCAGUGUUAUUAGAAAAGAAACAAAUUCCAUACUCCACUAUUGUGUAGACUGGAGUCUUCAUAAACUGGGGCACGUGGUGGGCAGCAAGGAGCUGUCAAUACUAAAAGGAAGGGUUUCACGGCAAUGAACUGGUAGAACUUUUCAAUCUGGUAGAACUUUAAAAUGAAAGACAAACUCAGUUAAAAAUAUUAUUAAAAAUCUUUAAAACCUGCUUACUGAAAGCACUCCAUUUUUCAAUUUUAUCCUAUUGUCUUUUUAAUUCCUAAUAAUUGCAGGACAUCAGAAUUUUAGGAUAAUGAAAACUAUGUACAUAUCCCACUUACUGUUUAUAUUAAUAGGACUUAAUCUGCACUAGACAUCCAGGAACAUUAAACAAAGCAAAGAGUAUUUUUAUGCCUCCUCGUAUAGUGUGCUUUCCCAUAACCUACAAUUAAAAGCAAAUUGACUUUUUGAUGAACUCUGAAGAAGUAUUGAUGUGAAUGUCAUUUAAAUACUACAUUUUUCUCAUUUAAUUUCAAAUGCUAUAAACCAACAUGGAAAAGGAAUAGACUUUCUUAAUAUAACACUCACACCUAGGGCUUACAUGUGACUCCUUAUAAUUUACCUUAGAGUAGAGAACUUUCUAUAAUAUAAUAUAGCUAACUCCAUAUUUACAGAACUAAGAACAGAAUUCCCCCUUUUAUACUAUACAUUUGAUCCUCAGUUAGUUACGCUAAAUCAGCAGUCAUUUGCCCACGUUUUGUUUUCUGUUUUUCCUGGUGGAAACACUUUAAGAUUUGAUUGUGUAUACACAAUACCCAAUGACUGAACACAAUUUUGGUCUUAUUUUCAUUUUUUAAAGAAUUUUUCUUAUUUGAAUAUAGUUGACACACAAUUUGAUCUUACUUAAAACACACAGACAGAGUUUGUGUUGUGGGAUAUUAAGUAACUCAAUAAAUUCAGCUUCCAGUGGCCAAAAGAACAUGGUUCCCUGAUGUCUAACCCACGUGAGAGGGCUUAAGAAUUUGGGUAACAUGUGUCAGAUCCUCUAGAAGGCAGCAGCUGUAUUCCCAGCCUUUGCAAGAUCUUACACUUGGACCUUCCUUACGGACGUCCAUGUUGAUGCUGAGUGUCCGUUUUGAUUUGGCUGAGGGAUCACGUGCAGUGCAUAUAAACAGACACGUCCUCCACAGAAGGAGAGUGGCCGUCCACAACCAGUCUGUCAAACAUUACAUUGAGCCCCGGGAGUAUGUUAAGACCUGACUAUCUUUUCUAGCAAAAAUAGAAUAUGUUGAAAUGUUUAUGUGUAGUUCGCUUUCCCUGCAUCUCUUAGAACUUACGUGUUUUCGUGGCUCCAAGUGCAGUGGUCCUGAAUCUUGUGCGGGCUUUGUGCAAUGCUGCCGGCAUAGGCCAUACAUGUGGUCAGAUGGUCUACACUUGGAAAUGUUGGCUUGGCCUCACGUGGCUUGACUUUCUGAAUUGUGGAGAGGCGGUAUUUCAAGCCAACCCUAUUUCUCACUUUAUGUUCGAAUAUUUUGCUCUGACGGGGAAGAAAGAAUGAAAGCUUCUUAUCAGCCCCCUCACCUCACCCUGCGCUGUUUGCCUCGGGUUUCAUGGUAUUUUUUAAUGGAAUGCACUUUAACAGGUAAAAACUGAGUUAAUAAUGCUGACAGCCCUACAUUUAAAAGAUAUUUUCUACAGUAGAACACAAAAGCAGGCUAAUCGGCUAAGGUGAAUUUAAUUUCCAAAAGGAAAUGGAACAUGGGAUUAGGACCUGAGAGGUUGUCCUGGUAAUCAUAACCUGAGACUGAGACUCUGCUCCCUUCAUCGGCUCCUUCUCUGAUUUCAUUGUCGAAGGUUCUAGAAUCCAAGAGAAUAUCUUGGAACUGGCUCCCUUCAUGCCAGGAGGAGGUCUUUCUAAGUUACUCUUGUGAGCUUUGAACCCCACUGAAUCUCUUUUUCACUUCCCUGAGAAUUCUGCACGGCAAAGGGAGGACAGUGGUUGGAAAUGUUCCUGUUACACUUAGCUGAUUUUGAACUGUGCCCUUGAGUAUCCCUGUUGGCAACUACAGCUGAGAUGUCACAGAGGUAACAUAAUGGAUAUGAGAUCCAGCAGCGUAUUUUGAAUCUUCACUCCCUUCCAGACUCUUCCUAUUUUUAAUCUUUUCACCUCAGAACUAGACAUAUGGAAAACUUUCAAGGCAAGCUGGAAGGCACGGUGUAUCAAUUCUACCUUGUGCGUAUGCGGACGAUAUCCAGCACUGGAUGCCUCUGGAGCUUAGUGGACAUCUUUCCAUUGCCCAUUUUUUAAAGUUGAUGCUGCUGCUGGACACAUUCCCACAUCUUAAAGAAGCGUUCUGAGUUUUUAAAAGGUAGACUAAGAAAUGUGUCACAGCAAUGUUUUGAAAUAAUUUUCCGAUUAUGUGGAUUGUUAUGAAUUUUUAAUUUUUUUUUGAAGGCUUAGAAGAGAUAUUUGCAACUUCAGAUCUACCUAGCCCCUUUAGGUAUGAUUUUGGUCCCUGACCGUUGUCAGUGUGUCUAAAGGAAAAGUGUGGAAAGAAGUGCACAGAUGAACAGACACUAUUGGAAAGCCCUAGCGUUGGCCCCCAUGCAUGUUUUCACACCCAGCCUCUCCCUUUCCCACCCACAGCCCCGAAGGUGAGAGAUUGAGAGCUGAGGGGUUAGUCUGUAAAUCUGGUCCAAAUUUACUGAAAUGCAAAACUUCAACAGGCCAGUGAUGGAACUCAGGGUAAAUUCCAAGAUGGCUUUCAGCUUCCAUGGGCUGCCCGAGGAACAGCUGUCACGUGGCAUUGACUUACUGUUCAUUUCCUGUUCAAAAGCCUGUCAGAAAACAUUCGGAAUCAAAACCACUUUACAUUGUAUGUUAAACUCCUGAUCACUGCUCUUAAGGAUAUAUAUAUAUAUGUGUGUGUGUGUGUGUAUCCAUUGGAACAUUUUUACUCAAUAUUUGUAUGAUUUGCUUCCUGUUCAUGUGCUGAGUGAGCUCCUUUGUGCUUCAGACAAAAAUAAAUGAGAUUUUGUGUUUACA